CGCUAUUGCGGUUUAACGGCUUACUGAGAUGUGAACCUGAAGCGCGAGAAGAGGAGAGAGCGCUGUAUGGGAACGAGGUACAGUGGAUUCCACCAGAGAGGCACAUCGUGGUUAAUUACGUGUCAACAGCAUGGAUUUAAGCCAAUCAGACAGAUCAGCCUUGAACACAAAACAGUUUGCAGUUGUGAUCUUCCUCAAAACAAACACAGUGGAUGUUGUGCCAACCAGCUGGAUUCAGACUAUAAACAAGGCUGUGUAUUGCUACUGGCCAAAACCAGAAAACAAUGUGACCAAGAAGAUCAAGAAGAGAGAAAUCCCGGACCAAGAACGAUGGACCAAGGAUAAAAUCAAGAUUUUGAAACUCACAGACACGUACACAAAGGCCAGAGCAAAGGUCAACGAAGCAUUAGUCACGUCAAAUUUAGAGAGUGACCAGGAGGAGGAAAUUUCCCGCAGGAAGAUUGUUGCACCUGUGCGGUACCAAGAUUCUGAUACCGAAAUAGAUCAACCUGUAGCCAAACGAGUGAAAAGAACUAUCUCAGUGCCACAGAUGCCGACAAUGCCUUCCUUCAACCCAUCACUGGAUUUAUUUUCAGCCGGAGAUGACGAGAAUAGUUCAACUUAUCCCACAGGAACCAGCAGUUUCAAUGCGCUGCAGAGCAGUGGCCAAGGUCCCUCCCUCACCAGCACUCCAAUUGUAGGUCCCUCCCCCAUCAGCACUUCAAAAACAACUCCAAGCGAUCAAAAUGAUUCCUGCAUACCACCGUAUGUGAGUUCCAUCUUUAUGAGGCUGGACAAGAUUGAAGAUUCUCUUGCUACCAUAAAGACCAUUUUAAUGAAAGAUGGGAGGUCUGCUGACCCUGAGAUUGAAGAGCUCACCAGUCCACUAAAGACUGCAGCAGCACUUGAAGCAGUUUGUGACAAACUAAAUGAUGCAGCUCACAGGAAGAAAGUGGUCGAUUACCUGUCUCUGCUUGGAGGUACAACACCCGGUGACUCGGUCAGACGAAUUAUGAGGAGGAUUGGAACCAAUGCCCUUUGGGCAAACUACAGUUUGAAGGGCCGCAAGGGGAAAAGAAAAUUCCAGGACCUGGCGAUAUAUCCAGUCAUAGUCAAGGCCUGCCAGAAGAACCAUUCCAAGACCCUGCAGAAGACAAUCGAAAGCUGCAUAUCAGAUACCCUUAGAUAUGCUCCCCACAGAAGGACUCAGGUGGAUGAUGCAAGUGGACCAUCCAUGACUGAGGACAAUAAUGCAGGGGGACUGAUUACUGAAAAUGAAGCAGAACUUGAUGGGAGCAGAACUCCCACACUUUAUUCAGACUCAGAAUAAAUUAAGAUUGUUUUUUC